ACCUAGCGGGUUUGGUGGUAAGCAGCCGGCGACCAUAACCAUUCUUAGUAGGUUGGCAGUGCCAAUAAAAGGAAACAACCCUGAUGUCUCAAUAUCGUAAUAAACAAUUUCACAUUGUCGCGCUAAAAUCCUAAGAAAAUGUCAGAGGCUACGGAAACUGAGAAGCCUGCAAGCAGUUCCAACACCACGCUAACAAAUGCACAGAAAGCGCGCAUCGAGCGCAAUCGCGCAAAGGCGGAAAACCUGCGGCAAGCCAAGCUUGUGACCCAUCCCUACAAAAUUGGACCAAAUGGUGGACCUGAGGGGAAUUCGGUGAUUAAGGUGCAGGGCACUAAAUACAUCGACAGUGGCGGUGGGUUUUUGUUGGAGCAGCCCGUGCUGCCAGCUCCUGGACAGAAGAGUAACGCGGAGGCUGAGACGCCGGUAGUAAUUGACGAUGGCAUUAACAUACCUGUGAAGUAUGAGGAGUGCCUGGACUGUGGCGACCAGUUUGCAGACUCCUAUCUAUUCAAUAACUUCGGACAUUCCGUCUGCGACAAAUGCCGGGACACGGAAGACCGUCACUCGCUCAUCACACGCACCGAGGCCAAGGCCGAGUACUUGUUAAAGGACUGCGAUUUCGAUAAACGUGAGCCGCCACUGCGCUACAUUAGUCGGAAGAAUCCCCACAAUGUGCGCUGGGGCGAGAUGAAGCUUUACCUUCAUUUGCAAGUGCUAAAGCGCGCCAUGGACGUGUGGGGCAGUGAGGAGGAGCUGAUGCGACAGCAUGAGUCGCGUGAAGAUAAGCGCGAGGUGGGGAAGGCGCGCAAAUAUAAUAAGCAAAUGAAGCAGCUGCGCAUGGAGGUUAGGAGCAGCGUCUACACUAAGAAGACAACUGAGUUGCACGUACACGAAUUUGGCCCGGAGACCUACAAUGAAGAGGAGGACAACUACACGCAUGCUUGUGUCAGUUGUCCGUACACCGAAACAUUUGAGAAGAUGUAAUCAACGCCUAUUAUUAUUUAAUUACUUUAGAAGUGAAUUGGAUUGCUUACCAGUGAAUUGAAUUGCUUAUAAAUAUAAAUUAGUCUUA